AUGGCCGCGCAACAGCUCAGACCGCUCUCUACGUCCCUCCUCUCCUCCUUCACCACAAGAGCAUGCUGCCUCCAGAGUGCUCUGCAAGCUCUCAUCUCGACAACACCAUCUCAAUUCCAGACACGUGCCUUCUCCAGCACCCCUAAGACCCUGAACUGGCUCUCACCAAAGGCUGGUGAAAGCAGUAAAUCACGAAAAGGACGACCUCGAGUACCAACCGGCGGCAGCACACGCGGCACAACUCUCGUCUGGGGCGACUAUGGCAUACGGCUAAAGGACCACGACAGACGGAUAAGUGCCUCCCAACUCAAAAUCGCCGAUGCGACGAUCCGGCAACGACUACGAGGGAUGAAAUACCGCCUGUACGCCCGCGUGUCUGCAAACAUAGGCGUAUACACCAGUGGAAACGAUCAGCGUAUGGGUAAAGGCAAAGGGAGUUUCGAUUACUGGUGUGCUCGUGUACCAGUGUCAAGAGUGAUCUUUGAGCUGAAAGGGGAUGUGCAUGAGGCAGUGGUCAAGGAUGCGAUGAGGAUUGCUGGGAACAAGCUGCCUGGGACGUAUGAAUUCGUGAGGAAGAACGAUCCACCCAUGAUGGGCAUCACGAAGUUAACCGAAGGAUACACGGAAGAGAUGCUCAGGAGGCCGAGAAUGGAUAUAAGCAAAGCUGCGAUGCCGAACCUGGAGGGGAGCGCGAACAGGAUGGAUGCUACUGUAUGA